AUGAUCAUCGAAUUUCUCGAAUGUUUUCCGGAUUUGGAUUCUCUCCAUUUAAUCUUUGUAAAGCAUGUUUAUGGAUUGAACAAGUGGCAUCUACAAGAAGCCGAAAAUAUCAACAUCUUGACUCGUCUGAAAAAGGUGGAGUUUCGUGACUUUGAUGACGAAAAGCCGAUACUAGUUGUAGCAAGAGCCUUAUUGGAGCAUGGAAAUGGAUUGGAGGAAAUGGUUUUUAGUUGGGGUGAUGAAGCCAAGUUCCAUGAGAUGUCAUUGGAGACUAUGAAUCAAGUCUCAAAUUUUCGCAAGGUUUCUUCAACUGUCCAACUUCGAUUUGUGAUUAACCCAAGCCAAGCCGAUUCGUAGAUUAGAAGUUGACUCGAUUAAUCAACUCUAGUAUUAAACUACUUAACUCGAGUCGGUUACACCUUAAGUCAAACUCACGACUCUCUACUCAGUUAAGGACUGAUGUUACAAGCUCUGUAUUAAAAAUUGUGCAAGUAGUAGCCACUUUAUUCAUGUUAUGGGUAAACCUAAUUCCUUGGUUUCAAGUGGAUGCUUG